AUGUGGUUCCACAAUGAGCAGAGGGGGAGUGAAAAAAAGCAAUGCUGAUCACUGUGUUUUGAGCAGUAGUGCGGCAGACGUCGAACACACUCAUUCAACAACAAUGGUCUCAUUCACGGUCUUAGGUCCCGUUCUGCUGAUGUGGUCCUUCCACUUUCAGACAAGCUGGUCCAAUGUGACUACUGAUUCCACAACUGAAACAACUGAAGAUGAUUACACACCUGAUUAUGACAAAUUUGAGACAGUGUGUGGGAAAGACUCCAAUCGAAACUUCCGAUCAUGGUUCCUUCCCACAAUCUACAGCAUCAUCUGCUUCCUGGCUCUCCUAGGAAACUUCCUGGUGAUCCUGACCUACGUCCAUUUCAAGCGGAUUAAGACGAUGACGGAUAUCUUUCUGCUCAACCUGGCUGUAGCUGACCUGCUCUUCGCGCUAUCGCUGCCCUUCUGGGCCGCCAGCGUUAUGACUAAAUGGCCACUCGGGUGGUUUCUGUGCAAGGCGAUGUAUGCGAUCUACAAGAUCACCUUUUUCAGUGGCAUGUUCCUGCUCACUUGCAUCAGUGUGGACAGGUACUUCUCCAUCACCAAAGCUGUCUCUGCUCACCGCUGCCGUUCCAACGCCAUUCACUAUGGACGUGUAUCUUCCCUGGUCACUUGGGUGAUAGCUGUGUUGUUCUCCUUGCCUGAGAUAAUCUACUCCAAUGUCAACUCCAACAACACCUGUGUGGCGUACAUCAGUGGGCACGAAGAUCUCCGCAUCUCCAUGCUGGUCAGCCAGAUGGUGCUGGGCUUUGUUCUGCCGGCCCUCGUGAUGGUCUUCUGUUACAGCUGCAUCAUUAAGACCCUCGUGCAAGCCAGGAACUUUGAGAGAAAUAAAGCCCUAAAAGUGAUCUUCGCCGUCGUGGCCGUGUUCAUUGCCAGCCAGCUGCCGUAUAAUGUGGUGAUGGGACUAAGCACGCACAACACCACCGUGUGUGACCUCGAUAACAACCUCCUUUAUGCCAUGGAUGUAAGCCAAGGUAUCGCCUUCCUGCGCUGCUGCGUGAACCCCUUCCUGUAUGCUUUCAUUGGCGUGAAGUUUCGCAAUGAUCUGCUGAAACUGAUGAAGGUUCUGGGCUUCUCGAGUCCCAGCCAUGUCAUAUACUCCGGUAAGAGGAAAUCCUCAGCCGGGCUUGACACUGACACCACUUCAUUUUCCCCAUGAGCCAGUGACUUUUCCUCUUUUUAUAUUUACUUUAUUGUUUCUAUAUUAACUAUUGUGAUUAUUCAUUCUUUUUUCGUUUUGUUUUUUACUUUACACUUCAUUCCAUACUUUACAUUCAUAUCAUAUUUUUCAGAAUUUCUAAGAUUUUUCUUAUGAAAACAAGGACUUUUUUUCAACUUUUAUAUUCAGUGCAUUAUUGUAUUUUUACAUAUAUACAUUUAUUGUCUCUGUGUCAACAUUUUAUGAUGUUUAAAAUACUGAAUAAAGCUUUUUUAUAUAUGAAUUAAA